AUGUUUCGACAAGGUACCCUCUUCGCUCUCUCGACACUGUUGCUACAGUAUGCACUAGCAGCACCUGCGUCCCAUGGCGGUGAUGAAGACUGGGGCGUUCCUGCCAAAGGCAACUGGAAGAAUCCCUCAGUGUCACACGGCGGAUCUUCUGACUUUAACCACGGCGGUAGCGGUGGAUUCGAUAACAGCCAUUGUAACAAUAACGAGGGUGUUGCAAUCACCACGACGGUCACAACAUGCCCUGCAACAAAUUCGGCUACGGCGACAAGAACCGUGACCGUUACCACUAAUGGUGGUGGCAAUGGAGGAACGACCACGGUCAUUGAGACUAUCAGCUCUUGCACAUCAUCCACCACCGAUUACGUGACCAUCACGGCCAAUGGAGUCGUGACUACUACCACUGUAACCGUACCGACAACUACGACUUCCACCGUAACAACCGGUGGAACAACUGUCACGGUUCCUGCUUCAACUUCCACGGUCACCUCCACUCAGACGGCAACAACGACCGAUACCAAAACGGUCACCAACAACGAGAUCGUGACCACAACUGCCACAACUACUAGCACCUUGACCAUAGAAUUCUCCACGACUAUCACUGCCGACAAUUGUGCAGCCACUGAUCCCGGUGUUCCAUCUUAUGGCUCAUGCUCUGAUCCUACAAUCAGAUAUGAAUACGGUCUUGAUGGCCGUACAGACUAUUCCUACACAACGAACAAUCAGGCUGACUUCCCAUUUGGAUCAUCUCCUAAUAUCGACCCGGUGGAUGGACUGAUCUGUAAUCGUCUACGUAGUCCUUGCAAUGCUCCGGAGGAGACUGUGCAACGAUGCUUAGAGUCAGCGGAGAUUGUCAGUCAGCUUUCGGGCCAGGAAGCUGCCGAUGUUUGGAAUUCAUUGAUGACUUGA